AUGCAGAAGGUUAAUUUGACCAAGAACGCUGGUACUAAUGUGAACUCUUUGAAUGUUGAAUAUGAGGAUUUGAAUUAUGAUGAAGAUGUGGUGAUUUCGAGAGGUGUUCAUGGCCCUAGCAUCCAAUUUUCAGAUAGAGCUAUGUCACACCUUUGUGAACCUUGGAAGAAUGCUCUAAUUAUUAGGCUUCUUGGUAGAUCUCAUGCCUAUAACUACCUCCAUGCAUGUCUGCAACAUAAGUGGAGCUUAAAAUGGGGAUGGAAAUUGGUUGACCUUGUUAAUGACUACUUUGUCGUUAAGUUCGACUUAGAAGAGGAUCUCCACUUUGUAUUGACUGGCGGUCCCUGGAUCGUUGCAGAUCGUUGCAGGCCAGUAUUUGGUAAUGCUGAAAUGGCGCCAUGGAAAAUUGGUAACCUACUAAGCAAGCUUCUGAAAAUUGAUGCUCUAACAACUGCACAGCAUAGGGGAAAAUUUGCAAGGCUAUAUGUUAAAUUGGACUUAUCAAAGCCUCUAAAGGCCUUUGUCCAAAUCAAUAAUGAAUGGUAUAAUAUAGAAUAUGAGGGGCUUCUAGAUAUCUGUUAUUUGUGUGGAAAGUAUGGACACAAAAGGGAGAACUGUGAGCUGAAAGCUGAUGUCUCUGCUCCUAACAUUGGUGAAGGGUCUACCAAAGGACAGAAUCCAACGGGUCCAGAUGCUGAGAUGGGGCAAGUUGAUUCUGUGGAUACAAUGGAGGAGCUAAGGGGGCCAUGGAUGAUUGUUCAACCUUGCAGGAAGUCCAAGGUGGUGGUUAAAUAUGGAGGCAGUAAGGUUUCAGGAGGCCAGAGCCAGGGCUCAAGGUUUGAAAAGUUGAGGCAAGUAAGAGAGAAUUUUGGAGACGUUGAGGCAUCUGGGCAUGGGGGUGAUAAACAAGCUAUUAUGCCUACUUAA